AUGCCUGACGGCACACCUGUGGCUGCAUUUGAAACAUCCCAUAAACGCCCUGGCGAUUACGGUGAUGACGGCUUCCAAACUGCUCAUCGCAUUUCCCAUUACGAUGUCGAAAAUAUGAAUCUACUGCCAACCAAGGAGAAACCGGAACUUAAUCCCGUGCUGAGCGCCCUCAUCAACGAGGACGUUAUGAAGAGCAUCGAGGCCAAGAGAGCAAUUGAGGAGGCUGAAUUAGAAAUUGUCAAAUCUGAAAUUGCUGCCGAGGAAGCUAGGAAGAAGGAGGAAAUCGAAAAAGCCACAGAAAUGCCCCUGACCGUGCUAACGACAAUGGCACCCAGCAAGAAGGUAAUACUCGAUGCCGAUGAUGAGAUCAACGUCGGUUUUGUCGACCAAGCCAUAGCUUUAGAUACAGCCGGUUCGGAAAAUAACAAAAAGUCGCGCAUUGAAAUUAAAAAGGGUCCCAACGGCCAGGAUUACGAAUACGAAUAUGUCUACUACUACGAAGAGGAAGACGAUGAUAAGGAGAAGGACAAGGACAAGGAGGAAGAGGAGGCAGAAUCCAGAGGUAAGUCUCGUUACACCAAUAUUGAGCGUAGCACCGCCGCUACUCCCAGCGACAACAGCUUGGUAUCCGGCAAAGCCAAGGGUCGUUCUUCCAAUGUUGAGGAAAGCAUUGAGACCGAACGCCUACCCCUCAACACCCGUUUCCCCAGUCGUGGCAAGGCUGCCGAUGUCGCUCCAACUCCUGCUAUUGACUCAGUCGACUCUGCUGCCGAAAAGAAGAAAAUAAGCGUCAAACGUCCCAGUUUGGAAUUGGUGGACAGUGAAACAUUCAACACCGAUGAGAAGCAAGCCAAGGGCUCGCGCAAUGCUGAUGACACAAAGACCGCCAUCGCCAUUGAACAGGAAAUGGCUGCAGCCCAAGCCACUAAGGAUGCCGAAGAAGCCGAAUCAGCUAAAACUAAUUCCGAAACUGAAGAUUCUAUGAUGGGUGCCGACGAGGACAUUGAACAAACCACGCCAGCUAUGGAGAAGGCCGCUUUCGAUUUGUAUGCCAUUUUAGCCAAUGAGAACAACAACAUGGAAAUGACCACAGACUCCGAUAUGGACAUGGAUGUGACCACAACAUUGCCCGAUACGACAGACAUGUAUGGCGAAGACAUGAUGACCACAAUGGUAGAAGAAGAGCCUAGUACAACAACAACGACAACUACCACAACCACAACGCCUGAGCCCACCACCACCACUACAACAACUACUACCACCACCACAACAACUACCCCUGCACCAUUGUUUGGCGGCAAGCGCGGCGGCCUUAACAGUCCCGGACGCAAUCGUUUCAAGUUGAAAUCAGGAGGUGCAUCCACUACGACGACCACAACAGAAGCGCCAUCUGCCGCUGAAGCCCCCAAAACAGGCAAAAAUCGUUUCUCGCGUCCCUCUAUUGGUGGCCGCACUCGCCCUGGUGCUAGAACCACUGCUGCUCCGACUGUCGAAGAACAUAACGAAGAAGAGGUGUCCGUGAAAGAAGUAAAACCAGUCAGUUCUGGAUUUGGACGCAAUAAGCCUCGCAAUCGUUUCAAUCUUCGCGGCAGUACAACUACCUCAGCCCCAGCGGCUAAAGAAGAUGAUGGUGCCCAGGAAGAAACCGUAACCAGCACCACUGCACGCUCUGUUCGCGGUCGUCCCACACUGAAUUUACGUGGACGCAGUCGCACUACCACCAGCAAGCCAGCGCCCUCCGAAUCCGAUGCCGCCAAUGACAGUGAAAAUACUGUAGAUGAAAAGGCUGCCACACCAGUUGCCGCUCCCACAAAAGCAUCGCGUUUCAACAUUAACCGCUCCCCCGGUGGUCGCUUGCCAGGUCGCGGAAAACUCGCACGCACCACAACCGAAGCACCAGCAGCUGCCUCUGACGACUCUGCCGCCGACAGCAGCCACCACAACGAUGUCAAGGGCGAUGGGGAGGAGUCUGCCGAUAAGCCAGCCGAAGAAAAACCAUCUGCCAACAUAGGUGGCCUCAAUCGCCUAAAAUCUCGCCCACGCAUAGGUGGUAUUCCAAAGACUGAUGCUCUCAAGCCAAAAGCAGCUCCAGCUCCUCCACGCAAAGUCAAUCCACUGCUUGCCAAGAAACGUGUGCUAAGCACUACAACGACAGAGGCACCAGCUGAAGAUGACGCCGCAUCAUCGGAGGACGGCGACUCCAAUGAGGAGCAUGCUGCCGAUGUCAAUGAAGAGCAGAAAGAAGAAGCUCCCGCAGAACCAGAAACCACAACAAAACAGCAGCCACGCGGCUUGGGUCUCUUGGGCCAGAGAAGGCCCCUGCGAAAACCAGGAACACUAUUGUAAAUAAUCUCUCGCUCACACUGAGCACUCAAAAC